GAUGUUCUUGAAGCUUUAAAAGCACUGUCUACGUUUUUCUAUGAGAAUAAUCUACGAACACGUCGUAAUUUACGAGGAGAUAUUGAAAGAAGAAGUCUAGCAAUUAAUGAACAGUUUGCGCAGGCAACCCAGCAAGUCAAAGAGCAAUUAGACAGCAUAUAUCAUGAUGUGGAAUCCAUGGGAGUCUGUUGUGAGGAAAUGACCAAUAGAUUAAAGGUACAUUCCUUCUCUUUGUGUCAACUGGAAAUAAUGGAAUCUAUGGCCUUACACCAGGAGACUGCAUAUGAACGACUAUACAGGUGGACGCAAGGUGAAUGUCGUUUACUGAGUAGCGACUCUGUAGAGGUAUCACCACUGCUGUGUCAAGCAGUGCAAGCACUGCAGGACAGACCUGUAUUGUUUAGGUAUUCUUUAGAUGAAUUUGGUACAGCUAGAAGAACAGCUGUGGUUAGAGGAUUUAUUGAUGCCCUUACUCGUGGAGGUCCUGGGGGAACUCCACGUCCCAUAGAGCUCCAUUCCCAUGAUCCAUUGCGAUAUGUUGGCGAUAUGCUGGCAUGGUUACAUCAGGCUUCGGCCUCAGAAAAAGAACAUUUGCAAGGUUUAGUUAAACUAGCCACACAGCAAGGUCAGUAUAUAUAUGAAAUUUUAGGUCACAUCACGGAAGGUGUUUGCAGACCAUUUAAGGUGAGAGUGGAGCAGGUAUUGGUUUCAGAACCAGGUCCUGUUAUUUUGUAUAAAUUAGCCAAUCUCUUGAAGUUCUAUCAUCACACAAUAGGACAACUACUUGGGUCAGAUGCUGUGUUGUUGACUACUUUAGCUGAAGUUCAUGAAUUAAGUCAAAGAAUGUUCUAUGCUGCUCUUAAUGCUCAUGCACAAAGGCUUAUGGAAAAGGUAGAGUUACCUCCAGCGGAUCUUGGCGCGACUCAGUCCUUGAAUCAAUCUUUGGCAUUAUUAAGGGAAGUUCUUGCAUCGCAUGAUUCAUCAGUAGUACCGCUUGAUGCCCGACAGGAAGACUUUGCCAAGGUGUUGUCUUGUGUAUUAGAUCCACUGUUACAAAUGUGUGCAGUGUCUGCCAGUAAACUGAAUCCAGCUGAUAUGGGUGUUUAUAUGGUGAAUUGUAUUUAUGCAAUGCAGUCCACCUUGGCCCUAUAUGAAUUCACUGAUCAAAGACUGGAAAUGCUAGCUGGACAGAUUGAAGCUCACCUUGAUACUAUAGUUAGUGAACAGGCUUCCUAUGUUUUAUCACGAACUGGGUUAUCACACAUCUACAGUAUUAUACAACAACAUCAGUUGAAAGAGGGUCCUUUAGCGUCAAUACAUGGUAUGGAUGCCACUACAGUCAGAUCUGCCAUGAGCAAAUUUGACUCGUAUCUAUCAUCACCAGAUAGUUUAACAAUGCCACAGUUGAAUUUCCUACAGAGCACUUCAUUAAGGAGAACUGUACAUAAAAGGUCCACAGAGCUUGUAUCAGCUGCUUAUGACUUCCUGUAUCAAGCCAUCACCAAUCCUAGCAACGGUUACAAAGAACCAAGAUCCAUUGUUAUUAGAACUCCACAACAAGUGAAAACGUUACUAUCAUAA